AUGCUAACACCUCUCCUGAUUAUCAUUGGAAUAUCAAUAAUUGCAGGAGCAAUAAAUGGGCUUAUUUUCGGAUUUACCUUCCCCAAAGUUUUAUGCAUUAAUCAAUACAGAUUCAAACCAUUCAUCACAAUAAUACAGAUACCAUCUUUAAUAAUGAUGAUUUUAUUUGGAUGUGUUGCUAGAAACUACUUAGGAGAAUUUAUGCAUGCUUACCCUACUCAUUGGUCACAAUAUAUAAGAAGUAUAAGUCUAUCUUUGCUACUUAUUCGUGGUGGCCUCUCAGUCACCUUUCAAGGGAAGGGACUAUUAGUGUUAUUUCUUUCUUUUGUACCAUAAUAACUUGAGGCGAUGACGAUAGCAGCCUUAGCAUAUAAACUAUUAGAAUUACCAUUAAUUAUGUGCUUUUGUUUAGCCUAUAUCCUCUCUUGUAUUAGUCCAUCAGUAAUGGUUCCAGGUUUAAUGAACCUUCUAGAAAAAGGUUACGGUAAAGAAAAAGGAGUGAUAAGUACAUUAAUCGCAGCUGGAACUUUUGAUAAUAUCAUUUGCAUAUUAUGUUUUGGUAUUUGUAAAACGAUUGCAUACAGUCAUCACAGUAUGACAACUGGAAAAUCUUUGAGCUAAUAUAUUGUAUUCUUAUUCUUUGAGAAUCUAAUUGGUUUCAUUGCAGGAUUUUGCUUGGCAAUGGUAGGCAUUGUCUUUAACAAAAUGGAGCAUAAACCGUUGACUGUCAACUUAAAAAUGUGGUAUUGUAUCUUUUGUGCCAUAUUUUUCGUUGUGGUUGGAGAAGAGACCGGUUUUGCUAACUCAAAAUUUAUUGCAAGUUUGACUUUUGGAUAUUGCUCUUAUAGAGUUUGGGGUGAGGAAAAACCUCACAAAGAAAUUGGAAUAGCUUGGUGGUUUAUUUAGCCAAUAUUCUUUGGCUCAGUAGGCGCAUCUUUCAAUUUUAGUCAGAUUCAAAAAAGUGAUGUGGGAUUGGGAAUCAUAAUUAUAGUGAGUGGAGUUUUAAUAAGGUUAAUUGUUGUAACAAUAUUGUCAGCUUUCCCCUCUGGGAAAUAUACUACGAAGGAAAGAGCUUUUAUUGCUAUCUCCUGGAUGCCUAAAGCGACAGUAUAAGCAGCACUUAGUUCAGUAAUAUUCAAUGAUUCUAAAGCACUGAGGAAUAUUGAGAUGAUGGAAUUUGGAAACAGGAUACAGACAGUUGGAAUAUUAUCUAUUGUAGUUUGCGCACCAAUAGGUGCAAUUUUGAUAAGUACAUUAGGACCGAGAUUUUUGUCUCACACUCCAGAGGGAUAGCAAACUUUGGAUAGAGAAAAAGAACCUUUAAAUGAAAUUGAAAUGGAAGGUGACUUUAGAGAGCAUUUAAACAACCAAAAAUGA